GAGCAGUGCGAGCGUUUCAGUGCACGUCCUACUUGUAAGCCUCUACAGCAGGGCGAAUGUGCGCGUCCCCGCGACUCGACUCUCGCCAUAGAAAACAAAGCUGAGCGUCUUCCAUAACAGCUAGGGGUGCAGACUUGAGGAAUCUCCGAUAUUAUCCUGGAUACGUCGUGCUGAAUAUGGAUUUACAGUGGGUGUAGCAUCGUCGGAGACCGAGCCUUCUCGGCGGGGUGACGGCAGGACAUUCGCAAAACCGACGAGAAUAACAUCAUUGUAUCUUUCUCGGUGCUUUGUCUUGUCCACCAACGAUAGCAAACCAUCAUUCCCGUUUCGAUUGCAAUAUAUUCAGCUAGUGGUUACUAGCUGCCGCCGGGAUGUUUCAUCAUGUUAUCACCGAAAAGUAACAGCUAGGACGUCGGAUUGUGUAGGAAAAGCAGCAAAACCUCGCCGAGGUCUCCACGGGCUCCUACCGGGACCUGAAUCUGUGUUAGCCACAGUCGCAGCACCCACUGUUUUCGGCGCUAUGGCGGAGCAGGGCUACUCAUCCUGGGCAUAUUCCCUAGUUGACUCCAGCCAGGUGUCCACCUUCCUCAUCUCCAUCCUUCUCAUCGUCUAUGGCAGCUUCAGAUCAUUAAACAUGGACUGCGAGAAUCAGGAGAAGGAUAAGGAUGGUAACCCCUCAACAACGGGGUCAUUCAAUAACAACAACACAAACAACAGUAUUCAGACUAUAGACUCCACACAGGCCCUGUUUCUGCCAAUAGGAGCCUCUGUGUCACUGCUAGUCAUGUUCUUCUUCUUUGACUCAGUACAAGUGGUUUUCACAAUCUGCACUGCAGUUCUUGCAACAAUUGCGUUUGCAUUCCUGUUGUUGCCAAUGUGUCAGUAUCUGACCAGACCCUGCGCCCCACAAAACAAGAUUUCGUUCGGCUGCUGUGGACGUUUCACUCUGGCUGAGCUCCUGUCCUUCUCUCUUUCGGUCAUGUUGGUGCUCAUCUGGGUGUUGACAGGACACUGGCUUCUCAUGGACGCUUUGGCCAUGGGUUUGUGUGUCGCCAUGAUAGCCUUUGUGCGGCUUCCCAGUCUGAAGGUGUCUUGUCUGCUGCUGUCAGGGCUGCUCAUAUAUGAUGUGUUCUGGGUGUUCUUCUCAGCGUACAUCUUCAAUAGUAAUGUUAUGGUCAAAGUUGCCACCCAACCUGCUGAAAAUCCCAUAGACGUCCUGUCCAGGAAGCUCCACCUGGGGCCGGGAAUGGGCCGUGAUGUUCCCCGCCUGUCGCUACCAGGAAAACUGGUCUUUCCCAGCUCCACAGGAAGUCACUUCUCAAUGCUGGGAAUAGGCGACAUUGUGAUGCCAGGGCUGCUGUUAUGCUUCGUCCUGCGCUAUGAUAACUAUAAGAAGCAAGCGAAUGGGGAAGUCCCAGGACCUGGAAACAUGUCGGGACGGAUGCAGCGCGUCUCUUAUUUCCACUGCACUCUCAUUGGAUACUUUGUUGGUCUGCUGACUGCCACUGUGGCCUCUAGGAUCCAUCGUGCUGCUCAGCCUGCGUUGCUCUACCUGGUGCCCUUCACCCUGCUGCCUCUGCUCACUAUGGCCUACCUGAAGGGGGACUUGCGGCGCAUGUGGUCUGAGCCCUUCCAUGCCAAGACCAGCAGCUCCCGCUUCCUGGAGGUAUGAUGCACCCUGGGACAGACCAGCAGCGUGGGGAGGACUGUGGAUCCCUACCCUUGAUAAGAGGGAAGGAGAGAGGGCACACUCACAGUGAGGCCAUGUCGUCAUCACUCGUUCAUGCUUUCCACCAAAUUUCUGUGAAAACCCUCAGAAGGACACCAAUGUGUGGAUCACAACGCCCAAACACAACUCAUCCUUGGUUCCCACAUCCUCCCGUUCCAUGUCCUCUUCCUCAUUUGUGUUUAUUUCCUUUUCAAUAUAGCACAUCCUGACCAUACUGCUUUUCUUUUAGCCCCUCCCCUGCUUUGUUCAGUUUUUUUCCUCCCCUUUCCCAUGGUGUCCUUUGCCGCUCCCCACCCCGUGGCCCACUCCAUUUGCCACACAGCGCCUCUGCGUUUUCCUUCCUCCCUUUUGCACUUUUAAUUUCAGAUCAUCAGUGACUCACAUGAACUCAACGGCCAGGCCUCCACCCUUUUUUGUGGACUUACAGUUGUGAGACAUGACUGGGGUUUAUAUAUAUUUUUUUAGCAUUGUUGUGGUCAUUAUCAUUAUUAUUAUUAUUAAUAUUAUUAAUAUGGAAUGAUGUAAACAAACCGAGAAGCGACGGAUUUGCGGUCGCACGAGACAGUGCUUUGGACUAGCGACACAGUAAAGGAGAAGAGUCUUCCCCGUUCAUCUGUCUCCCUCUUCUCCCUCAAAGGCUUUCAUCAUGUGACCCAUCAUCUCUCCACAAUGGCUUCUGUCCAGUGCACCUCCCCUUCUGACACUCUCUGCAGCCCAUCUCUCCCCUCUGUUCAUCUGCUGUCCCCACCCUCACAGAUAACUAUGUAUUUUAUUUAGAAAAGUUUUAUUCUUGGCAUAUACAGAAAUGAUGCAUUAUAAAUUGUUAAGCUGCCCCCAGUGUUUGAGGGGGCAUCUCUAUUUGUAUAUAUGUGUACACAUGUAUUUGCGGUAUCUUGAGUUUGUAUUUGUGUUGCGGAGCAUGUUGAUUAGGGUGGGAAACUGACGCCAGACAACAGCUGAGCUGUGUUAGAGCUUUGGCUACUGCUGUGUCUAGUCAAACAGUUAGUAUUCAUCAUCCACAGCUUGUUUUCUAAAGUUUGUUAGCUGGUGUGAUAGAAAUGUAGCUAAUGGAGGGAAAAAACACACACACACAACAGCAACAAAUACAUCUGUAUCGGUGGCUGGCGAUGUCAAGGUUAGUUUCCUGCUCGUGUGUGUGUGGUGUGAGAGUGCGUGUUGUGUCAGAGUGCGUGUGUGAGAGAAGCAACAGGUGAGUGGACACUUUUAGUAGGUUUUUAUUUGAAAUCAUGAGCUUGUUAAAGCAGUGACAAUAGUCAGGUUUCCAUUGACCUGGGUGUUGGAACACACAGCUUGUCUAAUGGAAACUUCUGUCAAAUUACUGAAACCUGCAGCAUCAAUUAACCUUUUUAUUUUCUUUUUUUUCUAUGCAUAGGUGAAAAUGUAAACAGUGUUUUUUUGUUUGUUUUUGUUUUCUAAUAAACAGAUGUUGAAAUAACUUAAACUGCUUUUGUCAUGGACCAGCACCAUACAUUAUGCUGGGUUUUCUACUGAAGUGUUGUGUAUUUGAAGUCCUGGGAACACUAAGGUUGUCCUGUUUGAUUCCAUCAGAUCACUUUUUUUUCUUUCUGGAGAGUGAAGUUAACAAGAAGCAACAGAACAUCUCAUCUGAACUCUGUAAACAUCAGUGUUCCACCUCAGUCCAUGAAGACCUGACUAUUGUGAAGCCGGGAGAUGAGGGUCAGUUACAGUAGUUAUAGUUCCAGCAGAGAUGGGCAGUUAAGUGUGUGUGCGUGUGUGUGGGAUCAGAUAACAUCAUCAAAUGUUUGAACCUGGGGAGGGGAGAACAUCACUAAUGCCCUUCAUGAAUCAGAAAUGGAAAUUAGAAAUCAAAGCCUGGAUUUACUGUCCUCAUUUGGUACCUGACAGUCUUGUGGUCUCUCUCUCUUUAUUUUCCAUCGCUGUUUUGUGGUGCUUGUCAGUUAAUAUCUAAUGUCUACUGGAAGGAGUGACUGUCGGCGUGUGGCGGGACGUCUCUAGAAUAUGUAUGAAGUUUGCUGGCUCCUCAUUUUGUUUCUACUUUUUUAUGCUAUCUGGCCGUGCAUGUUAAAUGUACAGUGUACCAUUUCUUGAACUACUGGGCUACUGCUGGCCGACACCGAGGCACUGGACCUAUGAGCUUGCAUCAGUGAGUGGCACAAGGCGAGCGGUCAGAGACUGCGAUUGAUCCGCGCUGGCCGACUCACGGACUGGGACGUGUGGCCUGAGGCUCAGAGCGGCCGUCUGAACUCUGACAGUGUGGAAUCACAAGCCCUCAUCACCUCCUCAUGGACAUGGCGAGAAAAUAUAGAUUUAUAUACAUACACACGUGUGUGUGCGUGCGUGUGUGUUUGUCUAUAUACAUAUAUAAAUAACUAAUGACUAUCAUGGUGAUGACAAAGAUUUUUUUAUAGAAAAUGGAUUUGUUUUUACCCUCUUGUUUGUAAAGGUUUUUUUUUCUUUCUGGUUGUUGUUUAGUGUUUUAGUUUCUCAGUUUUUCUUUCCACCUCCUCUCUCUCCUCCAGCAGAGGACCACGGCUCUGUUGGUGCGUUGACAUUGCAACUGAAUGAAUUCUGUAUAGAAAAUUGGUGAAUAAAAUACGAACUGUGUAGUGAAACAUGAAUCCUGAAGCGCUUGAUCUGAACCGUUUUGUCUCCUUUGGACCCUCUCCUCAGCCCCUUCCCUCCGUUCAGGAUUCUGCUGUAAAUAAACAUGACUCUAACUGUAA